UCCAAUCAGCUGCAGGGAAGGAACAGCAGCUUGUGUUUGAAAUCUUCGCGCUUUUGGUUUUGUUUAGCUUACUAUCCGAUCCGACAAAGGCUUUAAAAUACAUUUUUACUUCAAUACGGUUGUCAAUAAUUCGUCGCGGAUACAUAUUGUAUCUAAUGGUUUUGGUCGUGGCCUUCCAAGGAAACAGUAUAUGGGAGUUCUAUUGACUAUAAUGUAGUAUGAGCAUUGUGUUAAUCCUUCAUAUGUAAACAAACAUAAGGGAGCAGAAUAAACCAGGACAAUGCGAGAUGUGGAGGUGUGCAGCCACGUAAAAGUGGUGGUCCGAGUCCGUCCUUUGAAUGACAAGGAAAAGGCUGGAAAUUACAGAAAUGUGGUCCAGGUGGUUGACAACCACAUGCUUAUCUUUGAUCCCAAAGAGGAACAAGUGACAUUUUUCCGGGGACAAAGGGGAGGCAACAGGGAUGUGCGGAAGAAAGCCAAUAAAGACCUCAAGUUCGUGUUUGACAGCGUGUUUAAUGAAGACUCUUCACAGUUGGAGGUUUUUGAGAACACCACUAAAGCAAUAGUGGAUAGCGUCCUGAAUGGCUACAACUGCACUGUGUUUGCUUAUGGGGCUACAGGAGCAGGAAAAACGCAUACAAUGUUGGGCAGUGUGGAUGACCCCGGAGUGAUGUUUUACACCAUGAAGGAACUGUUUACUCGUAUGGACUCCAUCAAGGAAGAAAAAGUCUUCGAUAUAGCUUUCUCUUAUCUUGAGGUUUAUAAUGAGCAGAUUCGGGAUUUGCUAUCUAACUCUGGUUCAUUAGCGGUAAGAGAGGAUGGGUCCAGUGGAGUUGUGGUUCAAGGACUUACCCUGCACCAGCCCAAAUCUGCAGAGCACAUCCUUGAAGCUCUUGAUUAUGGCAACAGGAACAGGACGCAGCACCCCACUGACAUGAACGCCACAUCUUCACGCUCCCAUGCCGUAUUCCAGAUCUACUUGAGGCAGCAGGAUAAGACAGCCAGUCUUAAUCCAAAUGUUUGUGUGGCUAAGAUGAGUUUAAUCGACCUGGCCGGCUCAGAAAGGGCCAGUGCAACCAACGCCAAGGGGGCCCGUCUCCGAGAAGGGGCCAACAUCAACCGGUCUCUUCUUGCCCUUGGGAAUGUCAUCAACACACUCGCCAACCCAAAAUGUAAGAAGACGCACAUUCCUUACAGAGAUAGCAAGCUGACACGGCUCCUCAAAGACUCGCUCGGUGGAAACUGCCGAACUGUGAUGAUCGCUAACGUCAGCCCGUCCUCGUUUUCCUAUGAAGAUACGCACAACACUCUCAAAUAUGCCAACCGCGCCAAGGAGAUCAAAUCCACUCUGAAGAGUAAUGUCAUGAGCUUGGACAGUCACAUCGGCCAGUAUGCCGUCAUUUGUGAAAAACAGAAAGCAGAGAUCAUCAUGCUGAAACAAAAACUUCGAGAGUAUGAAGAGCGGAAGGUGGAGGUUCCUGCCCUCAAUACAAUCCCCAUCCAGAGAAGAGCUGAAUUUGAGAAAAUGUCUGAGUCUAUGCGCAGCGUGUUUGCAGCACGUCUGCAGGUCCGUAAGGAGCAGCUAGUCAUUGAAAAGCAACUGAAUGAAAGCAGGCUGACCAUGAGACAUAGGGAGCUGUGGCACCAGCAGAGCUUGAUCUUCUUCCCCGACAACAGGGCUGAGAAGGCCACCUGUAAGUAUGAGCGUAAGUUGGCCUCCCUGAAGUCUCACCAGGAGCACCUGCAAAAGAGCUUGCUAGAGAGCGAAAAGCAAUUUCAGGAGAACGAGGGAUGGCUUCACCGCAUCGAAAACGACAUGAAGAUGCUUGGACAUGAAGGACACUCUCCAGAGGAGCUGCAAAGAGAACUAAAGUGCCAUCAGCUGCAGGUGAAGAUCGCUGACCUUCAGCAACACAUUGAGCACAUGAACCACCUCAUCAGUGUGCAAGACCAGGAAAACGCUCACACGCACAAGUUGGUAAACGCCCUGCUGUCCACCUGCCGCCGACAGCACCUGGCGUUGAAGGCCGAGAACAUCACCACAGAUGACAGCGAGUGGGAGGAGCUUGAGCGGCUGGUGCACAGAGAGAGGGGCGUGGUCUGGGCAGACCAGGAGAAACCAGAGGAAAAGGUUGAUGAUGGCACAGGAAACACUCAUCUGCAGCCCAUCUUGUCUUUCUCGCACCUCAUAUCUCACCAGAGCACGCCGUGCAGUGGAGAGAAACGCACGCGCCGAACCUCACAGCGACUGAGACUCGCACACUCAUCCAAAGCGUGUAGCCCUCAAAAUCAGGAUGCAGAGGCUGAAUGUGCUUCUAAAAAACCAAUCAGGAGGAAGCUGGCUGUGUCUCCUGCAAAUCCAGGGGAGGAUGGAGCAAUUCCUGUGCCGUCCCACUACCCUCCUGCCCUUCAGGAGGUCUUAAGACAGGAGGGCAUGUUCCCACUACAGUACACUCCUCAGAGCCAGCCACAUGUUUCAUGCACCUUUGAUCCAAACUCAACAUUCGACGUUGGUAAUAAUGAAGACACGGCUGCCGCUAAUGCCACAGUAGUUUUAUCACCUGAGCCACCUGGGCAUAUGACUCUCAGGGCGCUACGAGCUAACAAUGGGAAUGAGUCACCUAAAAGGUUGGAGAUUCCAUCGCUUUUAGACCUGCGAAGAUCCAAACCAUCUUACAUGGCCAUGACCUCGGCUGCUCAUGGCAAACGCAAAUUUGGUUCCAACGAUGGGAAACAGGACAGUUCUCAAGCCAUAGCCGCGGCACCCAAGCGUAUAAAAAGAGAUCCCUGCGAGGCGUCUAAAGCACUACGAGUCCGACGUUUUGGAGUUUCAUCUGAGAAUAAGCCAGGUCGAAUAGUAGUACGAAGUGUGUCUGAGGGAAACCUCCAUCAGCUCGACCAGCGCAAGCCCAAAUCGGGCCCAAUGGGGCCUGCUGCGUUCUUUAAAAAAGUAGCCAAGAGGAUGUAAGGGAUCUCCACUGCUAUUAAAGACAGUUCUUUCAUAAACCGCCUUUCUCAUGAAAUGUGUAGUUGAAAAGUUGUAAAUAAAAGUCUGGUUCUUGGGUUUCAUUAUUUUUUUGAUGUUGAUUUUUAAAAAAGAAAUGUGUUUAUAGAAAAUUUGUUUAGUCAAAUUUGAAGAAAACAUUAAAGUAUUGCAUUUUUACUGUUGUCUGGUCUGGGUGUU